AAGAAAAAUCCUCUUUAUAGUCAAAAUUAAAUCUGAUAUAUGGUUAUACAGAUUUGACACAGGAUCGGAAUGCAUAUACCGCAAUAAUUCUCGAAACCCGAAAACUUUGUUUACCCUCUCCUCUUUUCCUCCUCAGAGUUCAUCUUUGAGUUGUUGAAUUGCAAUUGCAGGGUUGCGGGCUUCUUAAUUCGACGCUUCUUUCUUCAGGUUGAAAUUUGGGCUCACCUUUCACAAACGGCUGCUCCUUAUCAGUGACGAAGAAAAUGACUACCUCAAGGCGCCUUGCAGAUAGGAAAGUGGCGAAGUUUCAGAAAAAUAUCACAAAGAGGGGAACAGUUCCUGAAACCCCGGUAAAGAAAGGAAAUGACUACCCAGUCGGGCCAAUUUUGCUUGGGUUUUUUGUUUUUGUGGUCAUUGGAUCAUCCCUGUUCCAGAUUAUUAGGACGGCCACAAGUCGCGGGAUGGCCUGAGACUAUGGAGGAGGAAGUUUCGCUGAACAUGGAGAUAUGCUUUGGGUGGUGGUAACAUUAACCUAGGAAAGUAAGUGUGUGUUUAGGAAGAACAGGUUGAGACAGUAGCUAUUUGGUUUCCUAAUUUCCUGUCUAAUAAAAUAAAAUGGUGUUUGCUGGAUCUAAAUGUGUUUUUCAGCCUUGGACUUGACAAGUUCGUUGUAAAUUUUGUACUUUAUAAGCGUUGAAAAUUCUGAUCCA